GGAGAAACUGGAAUGGAGGGAUCAAAAGGAAAUAAGGGUGAAACAGGAGACCCUGGACCACCUGGUCUUAUUGGAAAUCCAGGAUCAAAGGGCUUACCAGGAGAGCAUGGGGUACCAGGAAACCCAGGAGUUAAAGGAGACAAGGGGGACCCUGGUGGGAUUAUGGGACCACCUGGCCAUCCAGGUCCAAAAGGUGAUGUGGGGCCUCCUGGACCAAGUCUGCCUGGAACACCAGGUCCCACUGGUAUUCCUGGAAACCCAGGUCCACGGGGACCAAAGGGAGAAAGAGGACUACCUGGUGUACAAGGAGCACCUGGGGAGAUGGGGCCCCCUGGAAUAGGCAUUCAGGGAUCACCAGGUCCUAUAGGUCCAACUGGAUCAGCAGGUGUGCAGGGCCCUAGGGGACCCCCAGGAUUACCAGGAACUCCAGGUACCCCUGGUAUUAAUGGCACUCCAGGAAGAGAUGGAAAGCCAGGACUACCAGGCCCUCCAGGUGAUCCUAUUGCACUACCACUUGUGGGAGACAUGGGUGCUAUACUGAAGGGUGAUCCUGGCACAAGAGGUCCUCCAGGCAUCCCUGGCAGAGAAGGGCCAAAGGGAAGCAAAGGUGAACGUGGAUUUCCUGGGCUUGCUGGAGAGAAGGGCGAUGAGGGCCUUCAAGGUGCUCCUGGACUGCCAGGCGUACCAGGACCCAGUGGACCAUCUGGAGUCACAGGAAGACCUGGACAUCCUGGUCCGGCAGGGUCAAAAGGCGAAAAGGGUAGUGAAGGUUCUCCUGGGAAACCUGGACCACCUGGGCCUCCGGGAGGUGUGAGUGUCGCUAGUUAUCCAGGUCCACCAGGACCUCCAGGUCCAAAAGGAGAUCCUGGCACAGUGGGUGACCGUGGACCAGCUGGCACACCAGGAAUAGCAGGGACACCGGGAAAGCCGGGAUCUCCCGGGUCCCCAGGGAUGCCAGGGGAACCUGGUGAAAGAGGACCUAUAGGAGAUAUAGGCUUCCCUGGGCCAGAAGGGCCACAAGGAAAACCAGGAAUCAAUGGAAAAGAUGGAUUGCCAGGUCCUCCGGGUGCUGUGGGGAGACCAGGAGACAGAGGACCCAAAGGAGAACGUGGAGAUCAGGGUAUUCCAGGGGACAAAGGUCCACAAGGUGAACGAGGGAAACCUGGCCCAUCAGGAGAAAAAGGGGAUGUGGGUCCUAUUGGGCCACCAGGAGACAGAGGCUAUCCAGGAUCACCAGGUCAUCAAGGUCCCCCGGGUUCACCAGGACCCCCAGGGUUUCCAGCUGAUGCAGUUUCACUUGAAGAAAUUAAAAAAUAUAUCAAACAAGAGGUUCUUAAGGUUUUUGAAGAAAGGAUGGCUCAGUUUGUAUCCCAGCUGAAGCUGCCUGCUGCAAUGCUUGCCUCCCAAGCUCAUGGAAAACCAGGGCCCCCAGGAAAAGAUGGGUUACCAGGGCCACCAGGAAAGGAUGGUUUGCCCGGGCCACCAGGAGAACGUGGAAUUCAAGGUUAUAGAGGACAGAAAGGGGAAAGAGGCGAACCUGGAAUUGGACUGCCCGGUAACCCUGGACCACCCGGCCCUGCAGCUACUGGCCUGCCAGGCCCACCGGGAACGCCAGGCUCACCCGGACCGCAGGGGCCACCUGGACCCAACGGAAGAUGCAAUCCAGCAGAUUGCUAUUACCACAUAUCACAGACUCGGUCACGCACCAGCGGGAAGUAGAAACCCUCUCCCGUAGACCCUUGUGUUCACAUUCACUUUUCACUCCUCUCAAUAAGAUAAUUUAAUCUUUUUAGAUACUUGGUGCAUUUUUUUUUUUUCCCCUCGACACUGCGUGGUAUGUAGAUAAUUUAUAAGGCACAGAAUUGAGCUUUUUCCUAUGUUAUAUGCAGUGUCGUAAUUAUGAAAUGAUGACAUAUACUUUUCAGAGUGCAUUCCAUGUGUUAAGUUUCUCGUAUUUAUUUUGCUUAGAGGAGAAAAUAGGCCCAAAUAAUUUUCAUAAGCUUCUUUCUUCAAACAAAAAAUAUUUUAUUAUAACUUGAGACAGUAUGUAUGCCUCAGUAUAUAAGCUGGCUUUAUUUUUCCUGCUGGUGGUGAAGUUUAAGUGGAGAAAAUGCAGUUCUG